CUCAUGUGGGUGCUCCCUAGCUGGAAACAGGAAUGGAAUGGACUAGCAAUUGCAACAGCCUGGAAGAUCAAAAUACUUCAAAUUGAGUUCUCUUGUGGUAGUAUGGCAGCAGCGUUCCUAAAUGGCAAGGAUGCAAACUCUCUCCUCAAACGUUUUCCACGGGCUAAUGGCUUCCUGGAGGAGUUCCGGCCGGGCAAUAUUGAGAGGGAGUGUGCCGAGGAGAGCUGCAGCUUUGAGGAGGCCAAUGAAGUGUUUGAAAAUAAAGAGCGAACGAUGGAGUUCUGGAAAAACCGCAGCAUCUACACAGUGAACAGUAAUGCUGAUUCCCGCUCGGAGCGGCCGGACGCUGUCUACAUGGUGGUGCCUCUCCUGGGUGUGGCUCUCCUCAUCAUCAUCGCGCUCUUCCUCAUCUGGCGCUGUCAACUGCAGAAGGCCACGCGUCGGCGCCCGGCCUACACCCAGAACCGCUAUCUGGCUAACCGUAACGCCCGAAGCCUCCCGCGCAUCCUGGUGCACCGGGACCCUCCCUCGCAUUCAGAGAACUCUCACGCCAAUGACAGGCCCAGCGUGGUGGUCAGCAGUGCCGAGAGGGGCGGGGCUUCAGUCACGCCGCAAGACGCCCAUCAUCACGCCAACCACUCUCAGAACAAUCGCUCCCUGUACGUGCAAGAUUCGUCUCUGUCCGUGGCUUCCCACUUGUCUGGUGCAACCCCACCGCCAUCCUACGAGGAAGUUACCGGCCACUUAGAAAGCAGCAGCGAUGAGACGACAGCCCCCUACAGUGAUCCUCCACCCAAAUAUGAAGAGAUAGUGCUAGAAAAGUGAGAGUUUUCAUAAAAGAGGAUACAUAUAGCGGUAACCAAAUGUUAGGGAUACACUGGUUCCCAAGCACUUAUACUAAUGUGGCUCUCACUCCGAACUGAGUGUGCAGGCUAUGUUUGUGAUGGUCUCCUUGUGUCGUUGAUCGGUUUGUGGACUGCACUGGUAAACGUGGUUGUUUUUCAAGUCGCAAAGGGUCCUUCUACCUUCACGCUCAUGUGGUCUUCUCACCGUUUCCGUGUAUCUUCACUCCUCCUUCAACCUCUCACGCCGGCUGCCCUUCAGAAAGAAAAUGUAUAGAGUGAAGGAGAGAUAUAUCCCUCAUCGAGAGUUGCCAAGUUGUGCACUGCAUGGUAAUCACAUCAGGCAUCAAGCUUUAGAGCCUGCUAGGAAUCGAAAGCAGCGUUCAUGUGGGAAAACAAGAUGAUGUGCCAAAUCGAAUUGGCGUAUCGUAGAAAUGUUCAGACACGGAAUAUUUAUAAAGUGUGCGUGCUGUCUUUUCUUGCGCUUAUAAAUUGAUUUCAUAGAUUCCCUUACACUGCGAAUACUAAUUCCUGUGAAAUCUUAUACCAGCAGUAUCUCUGAUCCAUGCCAACGUCCUUAGUAAUACAUGUAAACUGUAACACUGAUGGGAACAAAACAAAUGCAAAAUACUACGCCCAGAUCACACUUUGUAAAACCGAAGGUGGCGAUUACACCAUCGUGUGGAAAAUGCACUCAAAGGUAUGCACACAGUUUGAUUGUUUACAGACACAUACACAAAAAUUAACAUAGAAUGUAAUGCGUUUUGUUUCGUGUAGAGCUGGGCCUUAGAAACAUGUUAGAGUAGUCAUUUAAAUAGUCUGCUCAGCUGCUUAUGAUUUUACAGUUAUUGAGAGAUUUUGCCUCAAACUCUGUGCUCACACAAUCACUCUCAAGACACUAAUGCACAAAAACUCACACAAAAAACUGUUUGUUUGGGGCCAAGUCAUUGGAUAGUACAACAUUCCAGGCCCUUGAUUUUCUUUUUUUGUUCUUCUCCCCAUCGUUCUCAGACUGUUUACAAUGCGUUUUAUUACUCUUUUCUUGUUUUUUUUUUUUGUACAGCAUAAAAACUGUGUGAAUUUGUAAAAAGCUUUCUGUGGCUUUUGACAUCACCAGGUGCUAGUCUGUACUAUAAUGCUGCUUGUUCUCACCUUGUUUUCCUCCUCAUCACUAUCUCUCUGUGUAUAAGGCUUGUGCUUUAACUAGUCAGCCAAACUGCCCAUCUAUUACAUGCAGCUGAAUCAUGUGUUCCAGCUCAGGUUUAAGCCAAUGAACUGCUGCCAUUGUAGUAAAUGUGUAAAUAAUAUCUCACACUGCCAACCUUUCAGUGACUUUUGCGGUCACAUUUACCAGUGUCUUGUGAAUUUUCACAGGCAAAAUGCAGUUAUUUGCGUGAGGGCGUAAGAUUGCCCUAUGCAGAUUUCACAAUGUGUACAAGCUGGUCACUCUCAUUAGCCACACUGACCAAAGGAAAGAUGCUUGGUUUGAAAGGGACAUCUCUGUAAGCUGUGCUUCAUAUAUCUACAGUAUUGACAAAACACAAAGGACCUAGUUUUGCCCACAAAAUUUCACUAAUGUGACCGCACUUUAGGAAUAUCGCUGUAUCAAUCCAAUAUAAAUGUAAAAGCGUCAUUGCAAGGGGUCAGUGGGUUGUUGGGCAAAGCACUAAAACUUAUGAAGCCUUAAUAUGAUUGUGCUGAAAUCACUGUAAUUGCAAAAAGGGUUAGUACUUUAACAUGACCAAACGCUUUCAUCCAAACAGAAGACCGAACGGCCUGUAUAUUUAUAUAUAUAUAUAUAUAUACACAAGCACAGUAUUUGAAAGAUGCAGUGGGGAAGUGGGGUUUGACCUUGCUUCUGCUCAAUGAAAACAGAGGAAUUGCAAACUGCUUACUUGGCUUGGGGCUCGGUUCAAGUCUCUUGGGCCUCUUACUCCAGUCACAACAAUCAAUCCCACAAUGCCCUGACAGACUGUCUUUCACGCUGACGGAGCACCCAGCUUGGCAGACAGCACUGAUAACGGCUGACACAGACUGCAGAUCAGUUUCAGGCUUGGCUGCUGUUGAAAGACCGAUAAGAGUACAGCAUAGACAGCUCAUUAUAGCAGAUGAUGAGCAUUUAAAGAAAGCAGCAGGUUACUAAUGUAACGACAUUAUGUCAGAGGUAGCAAGAACUGAAGAUAAUUUCAAGUGUUGUUUAUCUUCGUGUUUAUUUUAGACUAAGAGAGAACUGUGCGUGAAGAAAUGUGUCAAGAGAAUAUGUGUGUGUAUAUGUGUUCGUAUCUAUGCCUGUUGCCAACACUCAUGUUCCUGUCUAGCAUUUGUGCUAGCAAGAAUGUGCCACAGAAGCCACAGGCUUUCGUUUAUAUGCUAAAUACAUGUGUUAUAUCCUAAACCAAAACAUAAUACACCACUGUUGUUCUUCAAGCCAAAUUGCAUGAUUUUUCAUCAAUCAUAAUAUGUAUUUUUUUUUGUUCACUCGAUCAUUUAUAUAUAUAACAUUUAUUUUUUCACUGUGGCUCUAACUAUGUUAGAUCGGUUUUUGCUUGUUACAACAAUUUUGCAUUUAUAUUUAAACAUAUUUUAUGAACAGAAGCACUACUGGCAUUUUAAUUCAUAACUAUUACAAAAUUCUACAAUUGUGUAUGUCUUGUAUCAAAUUUCCUUCAUUUUAGGCAUCAUGGCAAUUUCUAUACCAAAUGGAUAUAAUAUACACAAAUAUCCAUUUAGUGUGAAUAUACAAUGCAUAUAAUUUGUCACAUAUAAGUCAGUUGCGUAAAUAGUAAACUGAUGCAUGAAUCGAGUUUUUAGUUUUAUUAUUUUUGCUUUAUGAGUAUUUCUUCAUAUUUAAGCUUGAAUAUAAUUAAGGAAAAAAAAAUAAUACAGCUCUGUGAGCUCAGUUUUAUUCAUGUUGAGUGCUUUGUGUUUUGACACACAAGCUUGUUAAAAGCAUUAACUUACAAUGAAGUAUCUCACCCAAAGAAAAUGGACAUUAAUUGCUCUUUAGUGCUUUUAAUUAGGCUUUAAAAGUGUUUAAUAGACCAUUGUUUUUUAAAACAGCUUCAAGUAUUUAGAGUCUUCCAUAAAAAUUCUACAUAGAUUUUUUUGGAAGAUUUGUCUCACAUGGAUCUUAUCAGAGCUUCCAAUGAGAUUUAUAUGUUUUAAAAAAUGUUGUACCUGUUGUGUCACAAACAUCAUAUGCAUCAUUUCAAUAAGUUUAAAAUUAGAGUAAAUAUCUUCUUAAUAAAAUAGUUGUGAUUAGGGAACUUAAUAUCACUGAGGUACUAUUAUAGUUUGUAUGAACAUUUUAAAUUAGUUUUAUAUUUUCCAUUUUCGUUUUUCCAUUUAAUAUUUUUAUUAAUUUCUGUAACAUGUCUGUAUAGUUUUAUAGUAUGUUAUAUAUAGGUUUUACUAUUUUUUUUCUUCAGUUUUUAGUUUAUUUAAGUACAUUAGGUUAACAAGCUGAAAUAUAUUUUUUAAUGGUUUUAGUUUUAGAUAGCUAUAAUAACCCUGUUAGAGAAACACUACUGUUUACAUUUUGCUCAGAUAUAUCGAUUUAUGGACACAACAUGGUUUAUAUAGAUAAAACAUCUGUAUUUGUUAAAUAAAGGGAGAUAUUUUACUGUACUUCUGAGAAAUAUUUUCCUUUCCCUGAGAUCACAUUAAAUGUUACAAGUGCCAUUUUUUUUUUCUUUUUGUGAAAGCACUGAUGUUCUUGGAUAAUAGUCUAUUAAAGAACGAAAAAUAUAUGUAAAUA